AGGUAGGAUUUUUAGGUGGAUGCAGGCCAUUUAUAGGUUUAGAUGGUUGUCACAUAAAGCACAGAUUUGGUGGGCAAAUCUUAUCUGCCACUGCCAAGGAUGCAAAUGACAACAUUUUUCCAGUAGCCAUGGCUGUUGUGGAACAAGAAACCAGGGAGUCUUGGAUAUGGUUUUUAGAAAUUUUUGCUGAUGAUAUAGGGAGGCCAGAGGAGCUUCAGUUGGUCUUCAUUUCUGAUAGGCAAAAGGGGCUUAUACCUGCAAUAGAGACACUAUUCCCUACCGUGGAGCAUAGAUACUGUGUGAAACACAUCUACAACAAUUUCAAAGUUGAUCACAAGGGAUUGGAGCUGAAGGAUGCAUUGUGGAGGUGUGCUGUUGCCACAACAGUAAGGGAGUUUGAGAGAUGCAUGCAGUACAUAAGGGAUUUGGAUGAAAAGGCAUAUGAGUAUCUUGCAAACAUUGCACCUGCACAGUAGACAAGGUCACACUUCACUCCUAGGGCCUUAACAGAUUGUUUGGUAAAUAAUUUGAGUGAGUCUUUUAAUGCAAUGAUAUUGAAGUCUAAGGACAAGCCUAUCUUGGCAAUGUUGGAGUGGAUUAGGGUUAGACUUAUGACUAGGCUUUACACAAAAAGGGAAGGGAUACAGAAGUAUGCUGGAAAGUUGUGUCCAAGCAUACAAGAUAGGUUGGAGAAAUUGAAGGUUGAAAGUAAGGCAUUUAAUGCUACCCCAGCUGGUAGUUUACUUUAUGAGGUAGGCAGUCAGUAUGAGAGGCAUGUAGUUGAUUUGGUGAAGAAGACAUGUAGCUGUAGGUCUUGGGAUUUAAAUGGCAUUCCCUGCAAACAUGCCAUAACAGCCAUUUAUACAAACAUUGAGACACCAGAAGACUAUACCCACCCAUGCUACUUCAAAGAAACUUACAUGGAGAUAUACAAGGAGGUACUUCCUCCCAUGCCUGGCCAGUCAGAAUGGGCUGAGACUG